AUGACCGGGGCACAAGGUACGCUUGGGCAGGCGCUCUUGAACGCAGCGCAGAUGGCGCUGUUCGACGUCGGCGGGCAAAACUUCGAGCUGACGCUGCAUGACACCGGUGGACGGCCUGAGGGUGCCGAGCAGGCGAUGCAGGCCGCCUUGAACGAAGGGGCCGACCUCGUCCUCGGCCCGCUCUUUUCGACCUCGGUGGCGGCUGCCGCGCCGCAGGCCCGCGGCCGACAGGUGCCCGUCGUCGCCUUCUCCAACGACCGGACGGUCGGGGGGCGAGGCGUUUGGGUCAUCGGUCUCGAUCCGACGGCCCAGGUCGACCGCGUGAUCGACUAUGCCACCCGGCAAGGCAUCACCCGCUUUGCCGUUCUGGCGCCGCGCAACCCCUAUGGCGACGCGACUCUGCAGGCGCUUCAACAGGCUGCGACCCGCUACGGCGGCUUCGUCACUCAAGUCGCGAUCUACGAUCCCUUUGCCGUGACGGACGCCGGUCCGAUCGUCCAGCAACUUGCCGCAGCGCGUGACAGCUACGAUGCCCUUCUGGUUCCGGCCGGCGGCAAUGAACUGCUCGGCUUGGCCACGCUGUUGCCCUUCUACGAUAUCGACCCUGACGAAACCCAGUAUCUCGGCACCCAGCUUUGGGAAGACGCCAACCUGGGUCAGGAAGCCGCGUUGGUCGGCGGAUGGUUUGCCGCCCCUGGUCGCAGCGGUUGGGAGAGCUGGUCGAACCGCUAUCGCGAACUCUACGGCGAGAUCCCGCCGCGCUUGGCCUCACUGGCCUACGACGCCACGGCACUCGCCGCGGUCCUGGCCCGAGAAGCGGAACAGGCCGGCUCCGCCCCCGACUACAGAAUGGAAGAUCUGACGGAUCCGAACGGCUUUACGGGAGUCGACGGAAUCUUCCGCCUUCGGCCUGACGGCACGACGCAACGCGGUCUCGCGGUCCUGCAGUUGCAGCGCAGCACGAUUGAGUUGCGCGAAGCUGCGCCGACCAGCGACAGCGCGAACCGCUUCGUUAGCGCAACCUGGCCCGUCUGCGUGAAGUCGACGAUGCGGGUGGCUGCGGCGCGCGCUCCAGUCGAGACAGCUGCGGCAGAGCGGACGGCGCAGUUUGCCCAGCGCGGCGAGGUCGAUCCCGAAGUCCAGCAUUUCGACCCGUCCACGGUCCGUCAGCCGUGGCUGGCCAUGAUGCAGUCGAAGAGCGCCAUCGCGAACCAGAGCGUCGAACAGAGAUACGCCGAGGUCGCCGGCCAAGUGGUCGUAGCAGACACGCGCCUGCCGCAAGGCAGUCUCCUUGGGCCCCGGGCGAACGCGGGUGGGACGGCGGGCAGCCGCGACCCCCAUAAGGUUCUCAAGCAGCUCCGCGACACCGCUAUCCGCCAGACGGUGGUCUGUUUUGUCACUCCGGCUUCGACCGCGAGUUCGCUGGCUGUUAGCGACAGGAGAACCGCGGGCUCAGCCUUGGCUGGCCGCGUCUUGCCUGGCUCCGCCUUGGGCUCGGCCGGCUUGUCCGUGCCUACGCAGCCCUAUGCGCAGAAGAACAUCUUGCGGAAUUGGACGACCGGCUUCUCAAAGAUAUCGGUCUGUCGCGCCGCGAGAUCCGCCAGGCCGUCCGACGUCGCGGACCGGCCGCGCCCAGGACGGUGCACACCGGCAAAGAGCCGGCGGCGCAGUAGCGAUCCCGUCGCUGUCACGAAUUCGGCGCGGACCUGGCGGAAGCAAAGCCGCUUUCCCGCUUUGACGGCAGCGCCGGGCGCUGAUAGUCAAACGGUCAUGCAGCAGCCUAUCCGGAUCGCGCCGUCCAUUCUUUCCGCCGACUUCGCCAGCCUGGGCGAGGAAGUGCGCGCCGUCGACGCCGCUGGGGCCGACUACCUGCACGUCGACGUGAUGGACGGCCACUUUGUUCCGAACAUCACGAUCGGUCCGCAAGUGGUGGCUGCACUGCGGCCGCAUUCGGCCAAGACCUUCGAUGUGCACCUCAUGAUUGCCCCCGCCGAUCCCUACAUCGAGGCCUUCGCCAAGGCAGGCGCGGACAUCCUGACGGUUCAUCCCGAGGCGGGUUUCCAUUUGCAUCGAACACUGCAACUGAUCAAAGCCUGCGGCAAGAAAGCUGGAGUCUCGCUGAAUCCCGCAACCCCAGCAUCAGUCGUCGAGCCGGUGCUGGGCGACCUGGACUUGAUCCUGGUGAUGAGCGUGAAUCCCGGCUUCGGCGGACAGGCCUUCAUUCCCGAAACGCUCGAGAAGAUCCGGACCCUGCGCGCGAUGAUCGACGCCAGCGGACGCGAAAUCGACCUGGAGGUCGACGGCGGGAUCAACCGGGAAACCGCGCCCCAGGCCAUCUCCGCAGGUGCGGACGUGCUGGUCGCAGGCACCGCGCGCGGAGGCGGCGUAGCAGCCAUGGGCGAACGCGGCUUGGCCGAGGCCCCGGCGCCGGACGCGCAGCGCAGGUAUCGGCGCCGAUCACGCGGAGAGCCCGGCCUCUUCGUCCGCUGGCGCAAGCUUUGGGCGCUACCGCGCGGCCUCCUCUUGGGACGCUUGGCCUAUGCCGCCAAAAGCCCCCUUUUCACUCUGCCGGUCUACGACUGGACGCUCGCCGGCUGCGACGCUAUCACCCCGCAGGCGACACCGCCCGACCCCUGGCCGGGCGACGUCGACGCCGGCGCCGCCCUGUUAGAGGGCAGCUGGUCCCUGGACGGCCAGACAUUGCAGAAUCCGCAACCGCUCUGGCACCCAGCCGACGCCGGGGGCGCUUGGCUGGAGGAACUCCACAGCUUUGCCUGGUUGCGCGACCUGCGCGCAACGGCGGGCGACAGCGCCAGACGCCGCGCCCGGGAACUGACGGAGAGCUGGCUUGCAGAGCACAGCCGGUUCGACCGGCGUGCCUGGGCGCCGCUGACGACGUCGCGCCGACUGUCACACUGGCUUGGACAGUGGGAUUUCUUCGCGGCCAGUGCCGAGACGGAGUUUCGCCGCGAUCUGCUGCAUUCCGCAGCCCGCCAGACGCGUCAUCUGGGGCGCGUGCUGCCGGCUGGAUUGAACGGUGCGGACCUGGUUCUCGCGCUGCGAGGGCUGAUCAUCGCCGGCGCCUGCCUGCCUGGCUGUCUGUCUCAGAUGCGCCGCGGUCUCGCCUUGCUGGAGAUCGAACUCGCUCGUCAGAUUCUGCCGGACGGCGGGCAGAUCGAACGCAGUCCCGCGCAUCAUCUGGCGAUGCUGCGCGAUCUGAUCGAUCUGCGCGCCACGCUGCAUGCCGCCGGCCGAACGGUGCCCUCCAACCUGGUCACCGCGAUCGAGGCGAUGGCGCCGAUGCUGCGUCUCUAUCAGCACGGCGACGGCGGUUUGGCUCUGUUCAACGGCAGCCUCCCCGAGCAGGGCUUUAAGGUCGACCUGGUCCUGCAGCGGGCGGAUGCACGACGCAGACCGCGCAUGUCCGCGCCUCAGAGCGGUUUUCAACGGCUGCAAAGCGGCCGUACCCUGGUGAUCCUGGACGCCGGCCCGCCGCCGCCGCCAGGAUCCGAUCGCGAUGCCCACGCGGGCACGCUCGCCUUCGAGCUGUCGGUGGCCCGCGAAAGGAUGAUCGUCAACUGCGGCCCGGGGGCGGCGGACCUCCCCGAACCCUAUCGCAGGCUUCUGCGCGGCACGCCGGCCCAUUCGACUUUGACGCUCGGGGAUACGAACGCCUCACCACUCAACCGAGGCGGGGGAAUGAGCGCGCGCGCUGCGAUCCCCUACUGCGAGCGUGACGAGGCCGAGGGUGCCGUCUGGGUCGAGGCCGCGCACGACGGCUAUGUCGAACGCUUCGGCCUACGUCACGUCCGACGUCUCUACCUGAGUGCCGGAGGAGAGGACUUGCGCGGCGAGGAUCGUUUGGAGCCGGUCGAACGAAACGCGCAGAGGCGCGACCGGCCGUUCGCGAUCCGCUUUCAUCUACACCCCGACGUUCAGAUCUCGCUGCUGUCCGGCGGCGGGGCGCUGCUGCGUCUGGCCAAGGCGGGCGGAUGGCGGCUGCGCGCCAGCGGGGCGGAGAUCGGCCUCGAAGACUCGGUCUACCACGGCGGUCCGGCCGAACGGCGCAGUCAGCAGGUUGUGCUGACCGGGCACUGUCCGCCCGAAGGCGUGACGGUCAAGUGGGCGCUGCGGCGGGAAACGCGUUCGAGUGUGAUCGAGAUGGUGCCGACACCGGCCGCCGCAGUGGCGGCCGCCGUGCUGCUCGCUCUCUUCGUCUGGUGGGCGAUCGGCCGCAUUCUCCCGAAACUGCGAGAGAUUGCCCUGGAUCGACCGAACGCGCGCUCCAGCCACAGCGAACCGACACCGAGAGGCGGUGGGCUGCCUCUGAUCGGAGGUCUGUUGGUGAGCCUGGCGCUCUGGGGGGCAGCUUUCGGGAGCGCCGGCUUGCCCGGCCUCUGGACCGUGCUGGCCGGUACGGUGCUUCUGGCCAUGGUCUCCUGGCGAGACGACCAGCAGAGCUUGCCGGCCGGGCUCCGGCUUUCCGUACAGCUGGCCGCCGUCCUGCUGGCGAUCGGCGGCAUGGUCGGCGCUCAGCCGGUCACGCAGGGGAUGCUGCCGCUUUGGGCGGAUCUCCUGUUCACGGCCCUGGUCUGGAUAUGGUUCAUCAACCUUUUCAACUUCAUGGACGGUAUCGACGGCAUCUCGGGCGUCGAGGCGGUUUCGAUCGCGCUGGGUGCCUUGGUCCUGGCGCUGCUGGGCGAUUGGCACCUCUCCACGGUGGCCGUCGCCCUUCUGCUGAUCGGCGCGGUCGCGGGCUUUCUGCCGUGGAACUGGCAGCCCGCGCGGGUCUUCCUGGGGGACGUCGGCUCGGUGCCGCUCGGCUUCCUGCUCGGCUGGCUUCUGGUAAUCGCCGCCGGUGAAGGCGCCUGGGCAGCCGCGCUGAUCCUGCCGGCCUACUACUGGGCCGACGCCACCACCACGCUGCUGCUGCGUCUGCUCAAAAGGGAACGGCCCUGGGAAGCCCAUCGCAGCCAUGCCUAUCAGCGCGCGGUGAAGCGCAAGCUGAGCCAUGGAGGCUGCAGUCUGGCCAUCGGCGGCUUCAACCUUCUGCUGUUGGCGCUGGCUGUCGCGGCUGAGCUUUGGCAGCCCUGGCUGCCGCUGGCCGCCGCCGCUCUGCUGACCGCCGCUUUCCUGGUCUGGACACGACCGAGCCAGAGCGACCGACCGAUGAGCAGUGCUGCCGACGUAAGCGACAUCUCCGACUCCGAUCUCGACCUGAUUCCGCUGCGCCGCGCGUUGCUGAGCGUUUCCGACAAGCACGGCCUGAUCGAUCUGGCGCGCGCCCUUCACGACGCGGGCGUCGAGCUGAUUUCCACCGGCGGCACCGCCAAGGCCAUCGCCGAGGCCGGCUUGCCGGUGGUCGAAGUCGCCCAGACAACGGGCUUUCCGGAAAUUCUCGAUGGUCGGGUCAAGACCCUCCACCCGUUGGUCCAUGGAGGCUUGCUCGGCAGGCGCUCCGACCCGGCUCACGUCGAGCAGAUGGCGGCGCACGGCAUCCAGCCGAUCGACCUGCUGGUGGUCAAUCUCUACCCCUUCCGAGAGACGGUCGCGCAAGGCGGCGACUUCCAGAGCUGCAUCGAGAACAUCGAUAUCGGUGGACCCGCGAUGAUCCGUGCCGCCGCGAAGAAUCACGCCGCUGUGGCAGUGCUGACCGACCCGGCCGACUACCCCGCCGUUCUGGCAGAACUGAAACAGGAGCAGGGCCGAACGGGCGCCGCCCUGCGCCGUCGUCUCGCCGCUGCGGCCUUCGCUCAUACCGCCGGGUACGACGCCGCCGUAUCCGGCUGGUUCGCCCAACAGCUCGGCGAUCCGCUGCCGAAGGAGAUCGCGCUGGCCGGCAACAGAGCCGAGACCUUGCGCUACGGCGAGAAUCCGCACCAGGAGGCUGCCUUCUACCGUAUGGCAACGUCCCGGGCGGGCGUCGCCUCGGCCCGGCAGCUCCAGGGCAAGCAGCUCAGCUACAACAAUAUCAACGACACCGACGCCGCCUUCGAACUGGUCGCCGAGUUCGAGCGGCCGGCGGUCGCGAUCAUCAAACACGCCAACCCCUGCGGCGUGGCGGAGAGCGAGGACCUGAGCAACGCCUACACCCAGGCCCUGGCUUGCGACCCCGUCAGCGCCUUUGGAGGCAUCAUCGCGGUCAACCGUCCACUCGACGCCGCCACUGCGGAACAGGUCACGGCGCUAUUCGCCGAAGUCGUGAUCGCACCGGAGGUCGAGCCAGAGGCGCAGGCCCUGCUUGCAGGAAAGAAAAACCUGCGGCUGCUGGUCACCGGCGGACUGCCCGACCCGGCAGAAGAGGGCAUCACCGCGAAAACAGUAUCCGGCGGCCUGCUGGUUCAGAGCCGCGACGGCGGCCGCGUCGACGCCAGGCAACUGAAGGUCGUCACGAAACGUCAGCCGACAGAGAGCGAGAUCGCCGACCUGAUCUUCGCCUUUCGC